AUGAACAUGAGCUCACCACCAACCCCCGGAUCCGGCCACGGGUAUGGCACCGAAGGGAUUGGUAGAUCCGGCUCACGUCCCGAGAAACGCACUUGUAUCACCUGCCGCGCCCGCAAGGUCAAAUGUGAUGGCCGACCAGACAAGUGCACCAAUUGCGAGCGACUAGGCUUCACCUGCUCCUACGACCCCAACACCAUCGUCACCACAACCAUCGACGCUGGCCUUGGAGCUAGUCACCCAAUCCCCUCCCAUGAACCCUUCUCUGUUGACAGGCUGGUCCCAACAGAGACAGAGAGCAACGUGUCAACCAGCACCGCGACGACGACAGCACCAGUAGUAGGACUAAGGAGGAUCCGAGCCCGCCAGGCAUGUCAGAGUUGUCACGUCAAGAAAGCAAAGUGUUCUGGUAUCAUCAACAAACCUGGGCCAGGCGGAAGUGGAAGCGGGGGAUAUCGAGGCUGCGAACGAUGCCGGGCUCUAGGAAUCGCAUGUGUACUUAGGAAGGGCAAGCGAGGGUUGGCUCUACCAGGGAUGAACAACAACAACAACAACAACAACUCCCUCGGCGACGCCAGCGAGAUGGUUCUUGAUGAUGGGGGAAAUGGCAUGCAUCUUGACGAUCCCCGCGACUUGGACGACGACAUGAACCACAACGGCAGCAUCACAGGCGGUCGAAGCACCGCCAGUCCCGCUCCAGUCUCCAGCAAUAACAACCCAGGGCCAUCCAACCGCGGCAGCAUCGACCUCCCCCAACCCGACGACCCUAUCGUCAAGCGCGCUUUUGACAAUUACUUCCGCCAUGUCCAUCACGUGCCCAUGUUCUCCUUCCUCCACCGGGCCUCUCUCAUGGAACGUUACGACGCCGGUCUCCUCGACCGUGCUUUGCUACUAGCAAUCGUCGGCAUAGCCGCCUUACUAACCGACCUCGGUCCCUCCAUCUCUGUUCCCGACCCCGAACUCUUCUCCAACCGCUGCAUCGACGAGGCCGCCUCCAUAUGCACCUCCGAGCUCGAAAACCGCAGCAUCACGCGUCUCGAAGCCCUAGUAAUAGUCGUCAAGCAUCACAUCCUCUCCAAACGUUUCUCAGCAGCUUUCAUGCUACACGCACUCACCUCGCGCUUCGCCAAUGUUUUACGGUUAAACGUCGAAAACCCAGCCUUGUGCUUCCUAGCGCAGGAGUCUCGAAGAAGACUGAUGUGGUCAAUCUACAUGAUCGACGCUUGGUUCGCCAACGGCCAGACGGACCUUGCGCUAUGGCCCGAUCCGGAACGGCAGAUUCGCGUGCAGUUACCCUGCAACGAGCGCAACUUCGAUUUUGAUCUACCCGAGGUAACCGAACCAUUGCGACAACCACCUCCUUCACCAUCGGGACAGCCGGUUCAGCUACCUGAUGCUGUGGGCUUCACGGCGUUGCAUAUCCGUAUGCACUGGUUGAGGACACGCAUCCUGCAGCUUUCUUUGCGCGUCGUGGGCCCCAGUCCUGACCCGAACGAACUGAUGCAAUUACCGCUUAGAUGUGCAGAGUUCAAAGCAGAACUGGAUUCCUUCGAAGCAAGACUGCCGCCGUCGUUUAGAUGGAGUGAGUCCAACCUCCGACUACGAUCGUACUCUUCGAGAUUAGGGAUCUUCUUCAUGACGCAUGUCUGGUGGCGACAAUGCCACUUGGACCUAUACCGUCUCUUCCUGCCAGGACUGAAGGAAGCCUUGUCAGCACAAAGUCUGGCGCAGUUAGUUGGAAGCACGGUUGGAAGUCCCAUUGCUCUGGGGAACUGGCAAGGUCAGCAGGGCCAAAACGGACAAAGGCAAGGCCUGCUAGAAUGGACAAGACAAGAAUGUUAUAAACACGCUAGGGCUAUGGCGGAUAUGUUUGCUCAAGUGCUGGCCCUGGGGGAGAGUAGUGUGCCGUUGGCGGAUGUAGAUUUGCCGGGGUGCGCGUUGCAGUGUGGAAGGGUGUUGUAUCAUUCUUUUCAGACUCGUGAUGGUGGGGGAGGGUCGCCGGCGCCGUCGGCGGAGGGAGUCAGGGAAAUGGUGAGCGUUUGUUUGAGGGUGGCGAGGUUGGCGUGUCAGGGGCCUGCUAGUAGGGCUAUUCAAACCGACAUCGAAAAACUCCUAGCCGAAGGCCUCACAGUAAACCACCUCCAAGACCAGCCGGACCAACCCGACCAAAACCAAAACCGGACUCCCCGUCCCAACAACGACCUCUUGUCACCCGGACAGGCAGCCGCGGCCUUCUCCCCCGGCCCUCCAUUCGUCGCCAUGGCCGGUCCCAUACCCUUAAUCAACGAUCCGCACGAACUCGGCCCUUCUCCUCAGAACUUAUUACCAGGAAUGCCUCCACCGCAUGCCCAACAUGCCCAGCAGCAAGCACCGCAAAUGCUUCCACCCGUUUCCUCUGGCCCACCAAUAGGCGCAGGACAAGGCGUAGGAGGAAACCUAGGACCAGGACCAGGACCAGGACCAGGACAAGGCGUAAACACAGGAGUAAACCCAGGCGUGGCACCAUCCCAAGCAAGCCAAAUCACCACGGGCAGCAACGCUUUUGAAGAGAUUCUUAAUGUUAACGGGAUCAACUUCGGUUUUGGUAGUGGUCCAGGGACAGGGACUGGAGCCGAUUUCUUUGCUCCGGAGGCGUGGGGGCUGGGAUUAAGUCCGUUUCCUAUGGGUUAA